AGUAAGAUGUGCCAAAUGCAUUGUGUUGAAGGAACCCAUGUAACUUUUCUGAAGGCAGAAGGAAGAAUGAGGGGUGCCGCGCCAAAUAAGAAGAUAUGUGCUGCAAUGCAAAAAAAUGAUGUAAAAACAAAACAUGCCAAACAAAAGGAUGUGCCUUCUGUUAUAAGCCACCUGGUGCACAGCCUCCCACCUCUACCCUCCUCUGAGCUGACCGACCCUCACGACGACAUCACUCUGCCCAGGCUGAUCGAAGCUCUGCAGAACAGACACAGGAUCAGGCAGAUGAUGAUCGACGAAUACAGCAAAGCAGCAAACAUGAUGAAGUCCAUGCUUCAGGACCUGGACAACAACUUCAAUUCCAAAGACAAUUUUAUUCAUGAACAAAACAGCAAAUUGCUAGAGAAGGACAAAAUCAUCCAGAACAACAAGGCAGAGAUCCAACGUUUGGAGAAAAGAACCAAGACGCAGGAACACAAGAUUGACAUCCUGCAGAAAACAACUAAAAUCUAUGAGGAUGACAAGCGAUCACUGAAGCAGGAGCUGGAUACCAGAGAGCACAGGCUGCAGAGGGAGCUGUCUGACAAGAGACGCAUGGAGCAGCGCAUGCAUGGCGUGGUCACAGACACCCAGCUCAAGUGGGAGAAAGAAUGUGACAGACGUGUUCAAGCGAUGCAGCUGGAGAUGCAAAACAAACUCUGGGUGAAAGAUGAGAAGCUGAAGCAGCUGAAGGCCAUCGUGACGGAGAGCAAGACCACAUGUCGUCUCGAUCCUCCACCGCGUAAUACACAGCCAAAGAGGCCCUCUAGAGAGGACCGCCUCCCCGCGAAGAGAUCAGCUUCGCCCUCGCCUCUCCCUUGCCCUGUUGAUUCGUCCCAUGUCAGGCCAGUCACUCCCACUGGAGUUGAAGAAAAUGAAAUGAAUCCCAGGCCCGUCUGCCCCCUCCCCAGCCCCAGUAGCUCUUUGUCUGUGAUAAGCUCCAUCUCUGCAUGGGAGCAGCAGCAGGGCUACCAUUCCACUAGUACACCCACAAGAACUCAGUCCCCUGCAGCCACCUCAGGCAGCCGGGCCAGGAGGAGAGCUGCAUGUUGCACUAGAGAGGAAGAGGAGGCCAACUCCCCAACAUUUGAUGUAGACCUAAAUAGGCGAAGCCACAGGACGGUGACACCGGUGCGGCCCCUGCACCGUCGUUCUCGCUGUGUUGCUGGGGAGAAGUGGGUGGACCACAAGCCCUCCUCCAGCAUGGACCUCGGUACGGUUUUGCAGCCCGUCAUCCCCAAUGCCAUCCAGGUGUCUGCACCCAGUGAGAAGGCCCUGUCGAAGUGUGACAGAUACGUGUUAACACAUCAGGAGCUUGCCUCCGAUGGCGAGAUACAGACUAAACUCAUUAAGGGUGAUGUGAUUAAAACCAGAGGGGGAGGACAGGCGGUCCAGUUCACCGACAUUGAGACCCUGAAACAGGAGCUCACCACAGUCCCGAGCCACAAAAGAAGAUCUUCAGAAGGCAAACCUGCCAAAGGAGAUGAAACAGAUGGAGCCUGGACUGAUGUGGAGACGAGGUGCUCUGUGGCUGUAGAGAUGCAGGCUGGAUCAAACAUGACUCCUGGCUAUGAACAUCAGGGGAUCACCAAACGUAGAAAACCCUAAAAGCAGCUGCCUGCUGCUCCGGUGAUCACUUCCCUCUGUGCUCACCUGGCUGUUGUGCAAUAGUCUGAACUUUUUAAUAUUUAGCUCUAGUGAUCAUAUUUAAACAUUUUCCAUGCUUUUAUGUAUGCAUGAAGUGUGGUAUACAUGGGUCACCAAAGCUACUUUGUCACAUGUGUUACUUGGUACGUGAAUAGAUAUUGUGAAACUGUCACAAUAUUGAUUUUUGUUCACUACACACUGUUUGUGUGUGUGUUUGAUUCCGUUCCUGCCACUGACAAAACUGAGCUCUCCUGACUUCACUGUACACUCGGGAAUAAAAUUCCUUUGAAGUA